AUGAAGUGUAUUUGUUAUUUUUUCUUCGCGUUCAUAUUGAUACCCGGAUUGUUGCGCAUAUUUUUGAUCGAGAAAAGUACCAAACAAAAAUUGAAAAUAUUCGGGCCGCUUUGUACGUGUUCUACGAAUGCUAUGAAAUAUAGUAUAUUAUUGAUGCACAGGGAAAAAAUCAAUAAAUGUUUGAAACAUAUCAAAGAAGAUUGGAAUAAUAUUAUUCUUCCGGAAGAUCACGAAUUCAUGAUGUCCCAGGCUAGAAUUGGAAGAAUUCUUGCAACAAUGUCGAUUUCUUUUAUAUACGGUGCUGGAAUAUUUUAUCGUACUUUCUUACCACUUUCUAAAGGUUCCAUAGUUGUUGGUAAUAUUACGAUAAGACCCCUUGCUUGUCCAAGUUACUUUGUAAUAUUCGAUGAGCAAAUAACGCCCGCAUACGAACUCGUAUUCAUCGGUCAAUUUCUUGGUGGUUUUACCGUUUAUACCGUUGGCAGCGGAGUAUGCGGAUUGGCUGCCUUUUUGAUUAUGCACGUUUGCGGUCAAUUACGUAUAUUGAUGAGAAAAAUGAAUGACAUCGUUGACGGCCAUUAUUCCGACGAAAUUAAUCCUAAAAAACGUAUCGACGAAUAUCCUUGUUUAGCCGAAAUUAUGGGCUGCACUAGUCUCGUCUGUCUGGUUUUAUACUAUUUAGUUAUGGAAUGGGAAAAUAGCGAUGCAACUGGUCUCAUAACUUUUAUCUUACUUCUUUUAUCUUUCACUUUCAACAUGUUUAUCUUUUGUUACAUCGGAGAACUUCUAUCCGAACAGGGUUCUAAAGUAAGCGUGACAUCUUGUACCUUAAAUUGGACUUGUCUAUCGGUAAAAGAUACAAAAUGUUUGAUACCUGUUAUAUUGAUGUCAAACUAUCCAUUAAAAAUCGUAGCUGGAAAAUUGAUGGACAUGUCAUUGAGUAAUUUUAACAACAUAAUUAAAACUGCCGUUGGAUAUUUCAACAUUUUACGAAGUAGCGUCUAA